CAGUGACAGGAAGACUGAUGUUUGGCUUUCCCAGAAAAGGUGGCAACCCUAAUUGGGACUUUCUACACUGGCAGUAACUACACACACAACCCUCCACUCUUGCCUCAAGCAACAUGGGCACAACUUCAACCACACCGUUAUAGAGCCACAAAUGACAGGAACCAAUAGGAGGAUGGCUUUUUAAGUUGGCGUGGGCUCUGGUCAAUCACAUGCUAGACCGUGACCAACCAGCGCGCUCUGUAGGGGCGGAAGGAGAAAGAAAAUGGGAACGGAGCGGUGACUACAAGAAAUGGGGUAAUUAUGGCUUCAAGUGGGAACCAUUUAAGGAAGCAUAGGGGGUCAAGUCCACCAGAAAUGUCCCCUAACAAAUAUCUUAAGCGCAGUGAGAGUGAUCCACCGAGAAGGGUCAGUUACACCACAAACGAAGACCUGGAAAGACCUCCCCGGUUGUUUGUACGACACGUAACUGUAAGUCCACGUGGUGCUGCUGCACCUGAGAGUCCUGGAUUCCGGCGUGAGGAUUCUGAUGAGCUUUCUGCACAGGCCAAAGGCAAAGUCAGGCCCAGUGUAAAUACUAUUGGCUCUUCUGUUAAUGAAAGCACUCAGAAGGUGGCCCCGGCAGGAGCUUCGACUAAACGUUCAGAGGGUAAACAUAAUGCUAAUCAGAGUGGUGAAAACACAAGACGAUCUCCAAAGGACAUCUCUAGUUCUAGGACACCCAGAGCUCAGGCGCCCACUAUGCUGUUCAUGAGAGCAUUCCAAGAUAUUAAAAAGAAUCCUAAGGGACCACAGUCUCUGACCAGCACGCCCAAGAAGAGACAGCGGGAGAGAGAAAGCGAUGAGGAAUCAAAGAAAUCCGGUAUGAAAGAGACGAGUAUUGGUACAAGCACCAAGAUUUACAGCCCAGAAACGGAGAGCAAGAACUUGCCUGGGAGGAAAGAGACUGCGGCAUCAAAGCACCAGGAAGAGAACAAGGAAACCUGCGCUGAACUGCUUCAUUCUAGCCCUGCAACUGCAGAUCUUCAGCCUGAGCCCAGAGCUGAUAUCCAGCAGGAAUCUUCUCGUCUUGUAUUUCUGUAUGAGGAUUCUGACAAAGAUGGUGACACGGAAGAUGUUUCAGAUAAGGAUCCAUCAAUAGGUAGUGACUUCUCCGAUAUUGAAGAUGUGGUGUCAUUGGCCAGAUUUUCACAGGAAGAUGAGGUUCCUCCUUCCAGUUCCACAGCAGAGCAGCCUUGUGAUUGGUCUUCCCGCUAUGUCAUGUACCCACUGCACCUGUACAGAAGCCCAUGGAGAAAUUACAUAGAGAGGUCAGCCAGUAGCUCCACAUAUGUACCCAGAACUGAGGAGAACAAUUGGCGCCAGGAUGAAUCCUACAGCAGCUUCAUUUCUGAACAUUCUGCAAACAUUGUGGAUAAUACAGUUCUUAGUGUAACCAGUGAUAGUGACAGUGCUGGAAGCAAGCGGCGUGAGAGAUCUGGCUCCUUUGAUACCUCAUGGAUGUUUGAGAACACAACUAAAAUUAUGAGAAGGACAUCAGAGCCUUGUCUCACAGACACUAUUAAACUUCCCAAGUUCCUGGAAGAUGGUUUCAUUGACACCCACUGCCACCUGGACAUGUUAUUUUCAAAACUGUCAUUCGAAGGCUCUUUUACAGAGCUUAGAAGGAAAUACACCACCACGUUCCCUAGGGAAUUUCAGGGCUGCAUUGCUGAUUUCUGUGACCCUGGUAAAUUACACAACCAGCAGUGGGAGCAUUUGCUUGAAGACGACAUGGUCUGGGGGGCAUUUGGUUGUCACCCGCACUUUGCUCAGUAUUUCAAUGACAAGAAGCAAGAAGAGAUAUUGAAAGCAAUGAGGCAUCCGAAGGCAGUCGCCUAUGGAGAAAUGGGUUUAGAUUAUUCCCGCAAAUGUUCCACUCAAGUAUCAGUGCAGCACGAGGUGUUUGAGAAGCAGCUGAAGUUGGCUGUUUCCAUGGGCAAGCCUCUUGUUAUUCAUUGUCGGGAUGCGGACGAGGAUCUUUUGCGAAUCAUGAAGAAGUGCGUUCCCCGAGAUUAUAAGAUACAUCGGCACUGCUUUACCGGGGAUUAUAAGGUAAUUGAACCCUUUCUCACUGAGUUCCCAAACAUGGCUGUUGGUUUCACUGCUGUCCUGACGUACCCCUCUGCCCUGGAGGCACGAGAAGCCAUGAAACAGAUCCCCCUGGAGAGGCUCAUUGUAGAAACGGAUGCUCCCUACUUUCUACCCCGACAGGUUCCCAAAAGUUUGUGUAAAUUCUCCCACCCAGGUUUGGCCAUGCACACAGUUCAGGAGAUUGCUAAAACAAAAAACCUGUCGGUGAAGUCCGUCCUGGCAACUCUGCUUCACAACACCAACCGCUUGUACAACCUAUAAGUGCGCGUCUGUGUGUGAGCUCCGACCUUUUUAUGCCAAUGAGAAGCCAUUGUUGUAUUGCCUUAUUUUAUGAAUGUCUUAAUUUCUUCCCGAGCUCCACAAACCACACAAAUAUAACCACUAUCACAAUCUGCGCCAUUUUUUGUUUUUCUUAAACCAGUUUAAAAAAAAAAAAUGAAAAUUUUGGUAAUUAAAAUUAAGUUUAUAUUUA